GGGGCGCGCCGGGGGCGGGCUGGACCCCCCCCCAACUUGACAAAACCUAAUAACAGCCCGGUCUCCCCGGCGCAGCAGGCGAAGCCCCACGGGAGGGCAGAGACGUGGCAAGAGGGGACCUGCCGAGCCUGUUCUGGCCUCCGAGGCCGGGGUGGGGGGGGCGGGCUGGGCGUGGGGGGGGGCCGGCGGCUGCGGCACCUUUAAGACAAGGGAGGACCCCUCUUGCCCUCGGAGAAACCAGGAAGGGAGUCGCGAGCAUCAUACGGGGCUUUGGCUGUACUGUACAGUUACUGUAGGGGCAGUGACGCCGCCGCCGCCGCCGGAGCGAGGGAGCGACGAGGGGAGAGCGCGAGAGGCGGAGAGCGAGAGACGCGGACCCCGGAGGCGAGCGGCCGAGGAGCCCAGUCCCAACUCCGGGCCCCGGCCCCUCGCGCCCCGGCCCGGCCCGGCCCCGGCCCGGCCGCGCGAGGUCUCGGCGCGGAAGAUGGCCGGCGGCGUGGACGGCCCCAUCGGGAUCCCGUUCCCUGACCACAGCAGCGACAUCCUGAGUGGACUCAACGAGCAGCGGACGCAGGGCCUGCUGUGCGACGUGGUGAUCCUCGUGGAGGGCCGGGAGUUCCCCACGCACCGCUCUGUGCUGGCGGCCUGCAGCCAGUACUUCAAGAAGCUGUUCACGUCGGGCGCCGUGGUGGACCAGCAGAACGUGUACGAGAUCGACUUCGUCAGCGCCGAGGCGCUCACGGCCCUCAUGGACUUCGCCUACACGGCCACGCUCACCGUCAGCACGGCCAACGUGGGCGACAUCCUCAGUGCCGCCCGCCUGCUCGAGAUCCCUGCCGUGAGCCACGUCUGCGCCGACCUCCUCGACCGGCAGAUCCUGGCGGCCGACGCGGGCGCCGACACCGGGCAGCUGGACCUCGUCGAUCAGACCGACCAGCGGAACCUGCUCCGGGCCAAGGAGUACCUCGAGUUCUUCCAGAGCAACCCCAUGAACAGCCUGCCCCCCGCUGCCGCCGCUGCCGCCGCCGCCUUCCCCUGGUCUGCCUUUGGCGCGUCCGACGACGACCUGGAUGCCACCAAGGAGGCCGUGGCCGCGGCUGUGGCCGCCGUGGCCGCUGGCGACUGCAACGGCUUGGACUUCUACGGGCCGGGACCGCCGGGCGAUCGGCCCUCGGCCGGGGACGGGGAUGAGGGCGACAGCAACCCAGGUCUGUGGCCCGAGCGGGACGAGGAUGCCCCCACCGGGGGCCUCUUCCCACCCCCCGUGGCCCCACCGGCCACCGCUACGCAGAACGGCCACUACGGCCGGGGUGGGGAGGAGGAGGCGGCCUCGCUGUCGGAGGCAGCCCCCGAGCCGGGCGACUCUCCGGGCUUCCUGUCGGGUGCGGCCGAGGACGGGGACGGGGACGGGCCCGAAGCGGACGGGCUGGCGGCCAGCACGCUGCUGCAGCAGAUGAUGUCGUCGGUGGGCCGGGCGGGGGCGGCGGCGGCGGGGGACAGUGACGACGAGUCGCGGGCGGACGACAAGGGCGUCGUGGACUACUACCUGAAGUACUUCAGCAGCGCCCACGACGGGGAUGUUUACCCAGCCUGGUCGCAGAAGGUGGAAAAGAAGAUCCGGGCCAAGGCCUUCCAGAAGUGCCCCAUCUGCGAGAAGGUCAUCCAGGGCGCCGGCAAGCUGCCCCGGCACAUCCGGACCCACACCGGGGAGAAGCCCUACGAGUGCAACAUCUGCAAGGUCCGCUUCACCAGGCAGGACAAGCUCAAGGUGCACAUGAGGAAGCACACGGGCGAGAAGCCGUACCUGUGCCAGCAGUGCGGGGCGGCCUUCGCCCACAACUACGACCUGAAGAACCACAUGCGUGUGCACACGGGCCUGCGUCCCUACCAGUGUGACAGCUGCUGCAAGACCUUCGUCCGCUCCGACCACCUGCACAGACACCUCAAGAAGGACGGCUGCAACGGCGUCCCCUCGCGCCGCGGCCGCAAGCCCCGCGUCCGGGGCGGGGGGCUCGGGGGGCCCGACCCGUCCCCGGGGGCCGCCGCCCCGCCCGGCGCCCCAGCCCCGCCCGGCUCCCCUGACGCCCGGCGCAACGGCCAGGAGAAGCACUUUAAGGACGAGGAGGAGGACGAGGAGGCGGCCAGCCCCGACGGCCUGAGCAGGUUGAAUGUAGCGGGUGCCGGCGCAGGGGGGGGCGACGGGGGCACCGGGCCCACCGCCGACGGCAGCUUUGCGGCCGGACUUGCCUGAAAACCAAAAAGAGAAAACAGAAACCCGAGAGAGAGAGAGAAAGAGAGAGAGAGACAGAGAGAGAGAGAG